AUGAAAUAUCCUGUAUUUGCACAGAUACUUUGUUUCAGAAACCCAGGAGACAAUGGCUAUACAAUGGUUGAGGUUGACAAAGGCAACAUCAAAUUCGACACUGCACGAAUCAUUUCUAUCGAAGAAUUUAGAAAAAUCGGUGCCAAUCUUAGAAAAGAUGCUAGUGAAGCUGCUCAAGCUCAUCAAUUACAAAGCAAAGCUAAGAACAAAAAAACUUCUCAAUGCCCCCCAUUAAACAUUGAACAGCCCAAAUACGUUCAAGCAAUUUGCCCAGUUCCAAAUAUUCAAUCAUAUGAAGGGGGUUUGCCCCCCGAAAACUUAUAUCCUUAUCCUUUCAUCAUCUCACCAAUGGACCCAAAUUUCUCAAAUUUUGAAUACGACUUCGAUCUUGAUCCAAGUACUCCAUCUCAACCAACUAGCCAAGAAUUUUCUGAUUAUUUCUAG